GCCACCCCCGCGAGGGCUUCAGCGGGAUCCCGGGGCCUGCGAUAGCCUGAAGGGUUUGGCAGAAGAGCAGGUGAGGAUGUGCCACCGCCAGGCGGAAGCCAUGGACACCGUGAAGCGCGCGGCCGAGAUGGCCCUCGAGGAGUGCCAGCACCAGUUCGGCAACCGCCGCUGGAACUGCUCGACCCUGCAGGGGCUGCCGGUUUUCGGGAAAGUCAUUCUACAAGGCACACGAGAGUCAGCUUUUGUCCACGCGAUCUCCUCAGCUGGGCUCGCUUUUGCCGUGACCCGGGCCUGCAGCCGGGGGGAGCUGGAAAAGUGUGGCUGUGACCGCAAGAUCAGAGGAGUCAGCCCUGAAGGGUUCCAGUGGUCUGGCUGCUCGGACAACCUCUCCUACGGCCUCGCCUUCUCCCAGGCCUUCGUGGACGGCCCAGAGCGGAGCCGCGGAGCCUCUUCCAGCCGGGCGCUCAUGAAUUUGCACAACAACGAAGCCGGGAGGAAGGCCAUCCUGUCCCACAUGAAGAUCGAAUGCAAGUGCCACGGGGUGUCAGGCUCCUGCGAGAUCCGCACGUGCUGGAAGGUCAUGUCCCCGUUCCGUAAAGUGGGCAACAUCCUGAGGGACAAGUUUGAAGGGGCCACCGAAGUCCAUCCAAAACGCGUGGGCUCCCGGAAGCUGCUGGUGCCCAAGAGUUCCCGCUUCAAGCCCUACGGCACUCAUGACUUGGUCUACCUGGCAGCCAGCCCCGACUUCUGCAACUGGGACCCACACGGAGGGAUCUUCGGCACCUCGGGCCGGCACUGCAACCGGACUUCAGCCGCCAUGGACGGCUGUGAGCUGCUGUGCUGCGGCCGGGGCUUCCGCACGGCGCAGGCGGAAGUGGUCGAGAGGUGCAGCUGCAAGUUCCGCUGGUGCUGCGCCGUCAAGUGCAGACAGUGCCGGAACUCGGUGGAAGUGCACCGUUGCCGGUAGGAAGAGACGCUUGCUGAGCAGAGAGGCACAAGGGACAGGGGC